AUGAAGCAGGAGGAGUUGGCAGAUCAUCUACAGAGAAGUCUAAUUGGAGUUUUUCAGCAUCAUCACAAGACUGUCUUAAAGAGGAAGUUCCAGCAUGUGUUUGAGGGCAUCGCUAAAGCAGGAAACCCAACCCUUCUGAAUCAGAUCUACACAGAGCUCUACAUCACAGAGGGAGGGAAUGCACAGGUUAAUGAUGAACAUGAGGUCAGACAGAUUGAAACAGCAUCCAGGAAACCAGACAGACCAGAAACAACAAUCAGACAAGAAGACAUCUUUAAAGCCUCACCUGGAAGAGAUGAACCAAUCAGAGUUGUUCUGACAAAGGGAGUGGCUGGCAUUGGGAAAACAGUCUUAACACAGAAAUACACCCUGGACUGGGCUGAAGACAAAGCCAACCAGGACAUCCAGUUCAUAUUUCCAUUCACUUUCAGAGAGCUGAAUGUGCUGAAAGAGGAAAAGUUCAGCUUGGUGGAACUUGUUCAUCACUUCUUUACUGAAAUCAAAGAAGCAGGAAUCUGCAGGUUUGAAGACUUCCAGGUUGUGUUCAUCUUUGAUGGUCUGGAUGAGUGUCGACUUCCUCUGGACUUCCACAAAACUACAAUCCUGAGUGACCCUAGAAAGUCCACCUCAGUUGAUGUGCUGCUCAUAAACCUCAUCAGGGGGUACCUGCUUCCCUCUGCUCGCCUCUGGAUAACCACACGACCUGCAGCAGCCAGUCAGAUCCCUCCUGACUGUGUUGACAUGAUGACCGAGGUUAGAGGGUUCACUGACCCACAGAAGGAGGAGUACUUCAGGAAGAGAUUCAGAGAUGAAGAGCAGGCCAGCAGGGUCGUCUCCCAUAUCAAAACAUCACGAAGCCUCCACAUCAUGUGCCACAUCCCAGUCUUCUGCUGGAUCACUGCUACAGUUCUGGAGGAUGUGCUGAAAACCAGAGAGGGAGGACAGCUGCCCAAGACCCUGACUGAGAUGUACAUCUACUUCCUGGUGGUUCAGGCCAAAGUGAAGAAGGCCAAGUAUGAUGGAGGAGCUGAGACAGAUCAACACUGGAGUCCAGAGAGCAGGAAGAUGAUUGAGUCUCUGGGAAAACUGGCUUUUGACCAGUUGCAGAAGGGAAACCUGAUCUUCUAUGAAUCAGACCUGACCGAGUGUGGCAUUGAUAUCAGAGCAGCCUCAGUGUACUCAGGAGUGUUCACACAGAUCUUUAAAGAGGAGAGAGGACUGUACCAGGACAAGGUGUUCUGCUUCAUCCAUCUGAGUGUUCAGGAGUUUCUGGCUGCUCUUCAUGUCCAUUUGACCUUCAUCAACUCUGGACUCAAUUUGCUCGAAGAACAACAAACAAUCUACUGGUGGUCCAAACUAUUUAGAAAACAAGACUCAAGGAGAGAAGAAGAAACCACAGAGAAACGCUUCUACCAUAGUGCUGUGGACAUGGCCUUACAGAGUCCAAAUGGACACCUGGACUUGUUCCUCCGCUUCCUCCUGGGUCUUUCACUCCAGACCAUUGAAACUCUCCUGCAAGGCCUGAUGACACAGACAGGAGUUAGCUCACAGACCAAUCAGGAAACAGUCCAGUACAUUAAGGAGAAGCUCAGUGAGAAUCUGUCUGCAGAGAAAAGCAUCAAUCUGCUCCACUGUCUGAAUGAACUGAAUGAUCGUUCUCUAGUGAAGAAGAUACAACAGUCCCUGAGUUCAGGAAGUCUCUCCACAGAUAAAUUCUCUCCUGCUCAGUGGUCAGCUCUGGUCUUCAUCUUACUGUCAUCAGAAAAAGAUCUGGAUGUGUUUGACCUGAAGAAAUUCUCUGCUUCAGAGAAGGCUCUAUUGCGGCUGCUGCCAGUGGUCAAAGCCUCCAACAAAGCUCUUCUGAGUGUCCCUAAGCUCUCAGAAAGAAGUUGUGAAGCUCUGUCUUCAGUUCUGAGCUCCCAGUCCUCUAGUCUGAGAGAGCUGGACCUGAGUAUCAACACCUUGCAGGAAUCAGCAGUGACACUUCUGUCUGCUACAGUGAGGAGUCCACAGUGUACCCUGAAAAUACUCAGACUAAGUCUCUGUAACUUGUCACUGAGAGGUUAUGAAGCUCUGUCCUCAGUUCUCAGCGCCCAGUACUCUAGUCUGCGAGAGCUGGACCUGAGUAACAAUGACCUGAAGGAUUCAGCAGUGAAGCUUCUUUCUGCAGGCCUGAGGAGUCCACAUUGUAAACUAAAUACUCUGAGUCUGUCAGGCUGUCUGAUCACAGAGGAAGGCUGUACUUCUCUGGCCUCAGCUCUGAGCUCCAACCCUUCCCAUCUGAGAGAGCUGGACCUGAGCUACAAUCAUCCAGGUGAUUCAGGAGUGAAGCUGCUGUCAGCUGGACUGAAAGAUCCAGGCUGGAGACUGGACACUCUCAGGGUGGAGCCUGCUGGAGUCCAAUGGUUGAGACCAGGUCUGAGGAAGUAUUCCUGUCAACUCACAAUUGACAUAAACACAGUACACACAAACCUCCAACUGUCUGACAACAACAUGAAGGUGACACGUGUGAAGGAGGUUCAGUCAUAUCCUGAUCAUCCAGACAGAUUUGAUGUUUGGAAACAGCUGCUGUGUAGAAAUGGUCUGACUGGUCGCUGUUACUGGGAGGUCGAGUGGAGAGGUAAUGUUUUUAUAUCAGUGAGUUACAGAAGAAUCAAAAAGAAAGGAGGCAGUUAUGUCUGUUGGUUUGGACGAAAUGAUCAGUCCUGGUUUCUGUACUGCUCUGAUGAUGGUCGCCAUGCUGUCUGUCACAAUGACAAAGUAACGUCCAUCUCUUCCUCCUCCUCCUCCUCCUCCUCCUCCUCUGUCUCUAACAGAGUAGCAGUGUAUGUGGACUGUCCUGCUGGCACUCUGUCCUUCUACAGAGUCUCCUCUGACACUCUGACCCACCUCCACACCUUCAACACCACAUUCACUGAAACCCUUUAUCCUGGGUUUGCAUUUGAUCCUGGUUCCUCAGUGUCCCUGUGCUGA